AUGGCGACACGCGUGGUCCCAGGGCGCAGUUUCACGCUGCGAGGCGUUAUAGCUGGUCUCGCAGUUGGCACCAUCAUCUGCUUCUCCAAUAUGUACUUUGGCUUGCAGACCGGAUGGGUUUCCAUCAUGUCAAUGCCUGCGAGUCUCAUGGGCUUUGGCAUCUUCAGGCUCCUUGCGCCGCAUCUAAGGUUUCCAUUUUCUCCUGUUGAGAACGUAUUGCUCCAGAGCGUAGCUUGUGGCAUGGCUAUUAUGCCACUGGGAUGCGGCUUUGUUGGUGUCAUCCCGGCAUUGAACUAUCUUUUGGCUCAGGAUGAGCAAGGCCCGAUCAAUUUGAGUACCUGGCAGCUCAUCAUCUGGUCUCUGGGACUCUGCUACUUUGGCGUCGUCUUUGCUGUUCCCCUACGCAAGCAAGUCAUCAUCCGAGAGCGCCUCAAAUUUCCCAGUGGGUUCAGUACGGCCGUGCUGAUCUCAGUAUUGCACGGACAAGGCCGGCAAUCGACCAAAGACGAGCUUGACGCUGCUGCUAAAGGUGGCUUUGCAAGUCUCGUUCCUCGUGACGAGCCUCUUCAACCAGACACCGUUGGCCGGGCUGCUACGGACCAGGAGCAUCAGCAGGAUGUCGGCGAUGCCAUGCCGGACAAAGGAGACUGGGCAGCCAAUAUCAAACUGUUACUUUUGUGUUUUGGCGGCUCUGGGCUUUAUACGCUGGCGACAUAUUUUUUCCCUAUACUGCGCAACUUGCCAAUCUUUGGUUCUGCCGCAGCUCACACAUGGCUGUGGACAUUUAACCCCAGCUUUGCUUAUAUCGGUCAGGGAAUCAUAAUGGGGACCGAAACGACGUUGCAUAUGCUUCUUGGUGCUGUAGUUGGCUGGGGAAUCCUCAGCCCUCUGGCCAAAUCUCGGGGGUGGGCGCCUGGUGAUGUUGAUGAUUGGGAACAUGGUAGUAAGGGAUGGAUCAUUUGGAUCUCGUUGGCUAUCAUGCUAGCGGAUGCAAUUGUCAGCCUUGCUUACGUUGCCCUCCGCGGAAUCUUCGCCAGCCAACAGGUGACUGGGAUUAUGUCUUCCCUACGCCAGAGAGUACAGGAACAUGGCGUCUCUGGCUUGUGGAAGAAUCCGAGCCAUGACUAUUCGCCGCUCUUGAGCAGCGAGACUGAGACUGCUCAGAGGCGCUAUGGAGCUGAUGAAUAUGCCCCUGUCCGGGACGACAAUGAGGAGGAUGCUCCUCCCCACCAGCGCAUUGGGCCCCGUAUGGUAACGAUCGGCCUUCUUGCCUCGAUAGCUCUGUGCGUCCUCACUAUUCAUUUGGUCUUUGGUGACCUUGUACCGCUCUAUGCAACCACCAUUGCUGUUCUCAUGGCUCUGGUGUUAAGCAUCAUGGGAGUUAGGGCGCUGGGCGAGACGGAUUUGAACCCCGUAUCUGGGAUCAGCAAACUCGCGCAGCUUUUCUUUGCCUUUAUCAUCCCUCAGUCUCACAAGUCCAGUGUCUUGAUCAACCUGAUCGCCGGUGCUGUAUCCGAAGCUGGUGCUUUGCAAGCUGGCGAUCUCAUGCAGGACCUCAAAACUGGGCACUUACUGGGAGCAGCUCCAAAAGCCCAAUUCUGGGGUCAAGUCAUUGGAGCAAGCGUCGGUGCUGUUCUGAGUGCAUUCAUCUACCGUGUCUACACGAGUGUAUAUACGAUUCCUGGUGAUCUCUUCCAGGUACCAACCGCCUACGUCUGGAUAUUCACUGCAAGGCUCGUCACAGGUUCUGGGCUACCAUAUCGUGUCAAGGAAUGGGCCAUUGGAGCUGCGGUUCUAUUCGCAGUUGCCACUAUCACCAGAACGCUCGCUAUCGGUAAAAGAUGGCGACCUCUUAUUCCUGGUGGCAUUGCUGUCGCCGUUGGCAUGUAUAACGUCCCGUCUUUCACACUGGCUCGAACCGUUGGCGGUCUGUUUGCAUGGUACUGGACUCAUAUCGCGCGACGGACGCAGACCCCUCUAAUCAUCCUUGCUUCGGGAUUCAUUCUUGGCGAGGGUUUCCUGAGCAUUGUAAACCUCUUGCUGCAAGGCUUGAAUGUUCCUCAUCUGUGA